GCGGCACGGGCACCACCCACUACGUUGGCAGCGGAGUCUCUUAUUUUGCUUUCCGUUGCUGGAUUAAAGGGCAGAUGAAUGGGAAUACCCAUAGGGAAUAACCACAAGGAAUACGAGGAUACCCCAUCUCGCUGAAAGUCUUGUCUUUUGGGCCAUUUGAAUUCUCGUGUGGAGUGUUUAUUGACCAAGCUGCGAUGGCGGCACAAGGGGCACCGGUACCAGGGGCCACGAGCUGUGUGACCAAGGUGGCAUUGAGCAUCUCGUGUAACAAUCUCCUCGACAUGGACACGUUUUCAAAGUCUGACCCUCUGUGUGUGCUUUUCAUGAAUACCACAGGAGCCCACUGGCAAGAGAUUGGCCGGACAGAGAAAAUCCAAAACUGCCUUAAUCCAACGUUUUCCAAGAUAAUCGUCCUUGACUACUACUUUGAGAUGGUGCAGAAGCUUCGCUUCGAAGUCUACGACAUUGACAGUGAAAACUACAGUCUGCAAGAGGCUGACUUCCUGGGAGAAAUGGAGUGUACCCUGGGACAGAUUGUCUCCUCCAGGAAAGUAACAAGGCCGCUGGUGAAAAAAGACAAGAAGCCAGCAGGGAAGGGGACCAUUACUAUAUGUGCGGAAGAGAGAAACGACAACAGGGUGGUGGAGUUUGAAAUCGCAGCGAGAAAACUGGACAAGAAGGAUUUUUUUGGGAAGUCAGACCCCUUCCUGGAAAUCUACAGGGAGGCAGAAACUGGAUGGCAGCUGGCUCACAGGACAGAGGUUGUAAAAUACAACCUCAACCCAACAUGGAGAGCAUUCCAAAUCCCGAUCCAGGCGCUCUGUGGAGGCGACGUGGAGAAAUCUAUAAAGGUGGAGUGCUACGACCACAACAACAGCGGAUCUCAUGACUUCAUUGGGUCUUUUCACACGAAUCUCUGCCAAGUACAGCAGGCAUCACAAACAUAUGCGGCUGAGUUUGAGUGCAUCAAUAGCAAGAAGAAGGAAAAAAAGAAAGGAUACAAAAACUCUGGUGUUGUCAUCAUAAAAAAGUGCAAGAUUGUGAAGGAGUAUUCUUUCCUGGACUACAUCAUGGGAGGCUGCGAGAUUAACUUCACUAUUGCCAUUGAUUUCACAGGGUCCAAUGGAGACCCCAAUUCCCCCAGGUCUCUGCACUACAUCAACCCCCAAGGCUACAACGAGUACCUGGCAGCCAUCUGGGCCGUGGGCAACGUCAUCCAGGACUAUGACAGUGACAAGUUGUUCCCUGCGUUUGGUUUUGGUGCCCAGAUCCCUCCAACGUGGCAUGUCAGCCACGAGUUCCCCAUCAACUUCAACCCAUCAAAUCCAUUUUGUGCAGGUGUAGAGGGCGUGGUCUCAGCCUACCAACAGUGUCUGCCUCAGGUGAAGCUUUACGGCCCCACAAACUUUUCUCCGAUCAUCAACCACGUGGCUCAAUUCGGCCGACAGGCCUUACAGCAGCAGGCUGCGUCUCAAUACUAUGUGCUGCUGAUCAUCACCGAUGGCGUGAUCACAGACAUGGACGAGACGCGCACCGCCAUCGUCAACGCCUCCCGGCUCCCCGUCUCCAUCAUCAUCGUGGGAGUGGGAGGUGCGGACUUCAGCGCCAUGGAGUUCUUGGACGCAGACGAUGGAAUGCUGCGCUCGGCUACCGGCGAGGCCGCCAUGAGGGACAUCGUGCAGUUUGUGCCAUUCAGGCAGUUUCAAAAUUGUCCUCAGGAAGCGCUUGCUCAGAGUGUUUUGGCUGAAGUCCCAGGUCAGGUCACAGGCUUCUUCAACAGCAUGAAAUUGAGGCCUCCUCGCAGCGACGCCAUCCUCUCUGACCCCCUGGCAUCAGCGCCGCCCGGUGAUGUGCUCUGAAAACUAACCUCCUCUAAAAGGACUUGUGUAAAGCCUGAAUUAUGGUUCCGCGUUAAACCAACGCAGAGCCUACGCUGUUGCUGUGACGUUGCCGUGACGCCGUCGUGAACCCUUGGGACUUUUCCGUCACUCCAUUUUGCCGCGGUGCAAUACCCCCCCAGAGCGCUAGUUGAUACUUUGUUUAGCUUCCGGUUUUUCCGGUCACAGUGAAUCAAAGAGAUAAGGACAACUAUUGUGCAAAAAAACAAAACAACCCAAAACAAAAAAAUCACACACACACACGAAGAAAAGAGCGCUGAAAGUUCACGACUGCUUCACAAACCGGAACUGGAAAUGCGUUGCUACCAAGCAAACCAAUCACAGCCCUCUCGGUCUGCGUUGGGUCUGCGUCGCCUCGGCGCGUAGUUACAAUUUUUGGGAGGUGCAGGUCAGGUUACGGCGUAGGCUACAGAGAGACUCCUGCAUACCCUACGGCGUAGGUUUAACGCAGAACCAUAAUUCAGGCUUAAGGGGUUCCUGUUGUGGCCAUACUAGCAUGUGACACUCUUCACUGCUGACUUGUGAACACAAUUUAACUUUUAUAAUGCAAAAUCAUCUCGUAGGAAUAAUGUCAUGAGAAUAUAGUAACAUUUAUUUCCACAUGCUUUGCACCGAUAUUAACUGUGGCUCUUAUAUGACUCAAGUGCCGGGAUUUUUAAAAGUAAUCUCUCAUGUUUUGGCCUUUUCAAAGGAAUUAACAGAAGCUUGUUUCAGUUUUUCCUGAAGAACCGAGGCAGCUCGUCCCAGCCAUCUCAGUAGUGUGUCAAAUGUUAAAUGUCUGCAUGAAAGGGCUCGUGUGGUUGGCUGGGUUCUUUAUGUUUAUGCAAAAUAUCUACAUCUCAACUGAAAUUCUGGAGUUUGAUCAACGAAAACAGUGCUAAAUGAUUACUUCGUGUUUGCAGAAUUGAUCCAUGUACAGUUGACUGUUAAAAAUGAUUUCUUUUUUGAUAACAGAAACAUUUUGUUUCGAUGUAACUCAGCGGGACAUGCUUUGAUUUAAAUAUCCAUCGGCAGGAUUCCCUGGAGUGGUUGAUCAUUAUCAUAAUUAUGGUUACCAUGGAAACCUGAUAUUCUAAAACCUUUUUUUUUAGCAUGCUAUACAGGGAAAGUUCAUUAUGUCCUUAGAUUAACACACAUCACUACAGAUAAGUGUGUAUAUACGAUUUAACACCUAAAGUUGUUUACAUUUGUCACUGUCACAUGCUCCUUGUCUUUGCACUUGUCUUUGUUGAUGUAGAUUUUAUCAGUAUUUUAUAUAGAUUUCAUAUAAUCAUGUAAGAAAGAAAAAAAAAAAAAAUAUAUAUAUAUAUAUAUAUAAAGCAUGAAAGACACUUUGAAUUCAUUUGUUUUAAGAAAAAAUAUCAUUUAAUGAUUUAUAUUAUCUUUUUAUGUUUGUCAUACCAUUAAUGUCAAGUUAAUGAAGAAAUAUUCUCUAUGAUUCAGGUGCACAGCCAGUAUUGUUAAGUGUUGAAAUGUGUUUAUAAUCUGUUUUUCAUGGAUUUUUAAAAGAGUUUUACUAAUGACACAUCCAGAGGAGACGCCACACUUGUCUUAGGAAACUAUAACAAUCCUCUUUCCUGUUAAAUGUUAUCGCUGGACGUUUUGGCUCACCGUAUUUCUUUCUUAUUUCAUUUUUUAUCUUGUUUUUACAUUUUUACAAUAAAUAACCAGUCGGAAACCACAAGUGGACUUAAAAACAUACCAAACAAAAAUGUUUACUAUGUCCUAUGGUACUUAUAUUAUAUAUCGCUCCUGUAGCUGCUUUUAGACUCGAGGCAAACCUCAGUAUGAGUAACAAGAACUGGACUUACCCUGUUAAAGAUGUAAUUCUCCUGCAUGUCAGGACUGUAAAGCGUCUGUCUGAGGUGAGAAACCCAAACUCUGGUGAUUGUUAUGCCAUCAGCUUCCUUACUCUCAGGUCAGUGUAGGAAAAAAUGGGGGUAAAAAAAGGUAAAAAAAAAAAAAGUCCAAGCAGGAAGUGCAAUGUAUAGUCUCAUUUAGUCUUUUGUGGCCUAAAUAUUCCAUGUUUAUUUUUACCCAGCACUUACUAAUGUGGAGGAAAUAAAAUAAAUACUUCUAUGUUGG